CCUGGGGCCAGAGGCUUUUCCUUCCAUGAACUUGCCAGUCUCUAUCUUUUCCCUCCUUAGUUUCUAUUCUUUAAUCUUGUACAAUCGAAAAAAUCUCAUCCCAUCUUGAGUCUCCCUCGAAAUCAACCAAAAACAAAGGGGAAAAUGGCAUCAACUCCCAACACUACGCGGAGAAAAGUCUCCAAAAAACGUGCAGGCCUGAAGAAAAAGUCCCGGCCAAUCCGGCGACCGACGACCCUGGGAUCUCCGCGGACGAAGCUGACUCGAAAGGCCGGCAUCUCCAAGCGCAUCAAGAGGCCUAAACGUCAAGACCCUCGCCGGGCUCUGAAGUAUGCCAACCUUGCGAUACUUCCGCCUCCAACCAAACCGUUUGAAGAGAACUGCUUCAUACGAACGCCCAUCCCGGAAAACUAUGUCUUCGUGCCCAAGGGAGAUGUCUAUAUUACUCGGCAUUGUCGGAGCAAGACAAAGGAGACAGAACGGACUGUAUAUGUAGUCUACGACAACGAGGCAAAAUACCCUCAGGGCCUGCGCGUGCCCUCCGACAUCUACGACGCCGUCCUGAAAUCCGCCGCCGCCACGGCCGAAUCCCGCGCCAGCGCUGUCAAGCUCCGCGACGAGAAAGACCUGGCACACUCGCGAGAGGUUCUGUCCAGCGAGUUCCCGUUGAUGCCAACCGAGUCGCUUGACGCUAUUCUGGAUCACGCAUUCUGCAAGGGCUCGGGUCGGGUGGGCCGUACGUCAUUAGUGGACGAAGAAAAUAAAGCUGCCAUGGCGGUUGAGGCCCAUAUUCGUCACACGCAUACGCCGUACGAAGAAUUGCUGCGCGCGGGCACGAGUCGCGACACUGCGCGACGGAACGUCCGGGAAAAGAUUCAAAGCAUUAUGGCGGCUUGGCAGGGUGGUGGCAAGCAGCCGUCGACGACUGAGCUGACUCUGCGGAGCCGCAAGGCGAAAUGAAUUGGUCUUAUCAGGUUCAAGCCUCUAUAGACGCAGGACAGGACCGAGUCUUGGGUUGGUAUUCCGGCCUCCCGCCAGAGUUCAACCUCGCUUUCUCAAAUUGGCCUCGAGAUUUAUCAACUGCAUUGAGAACG